AGGGUGAGGAGGAGGAGGAGGAGGAGGAGGAGGAGGAGGCUAUGGAGGGGUGGGAUACGAGCACCAAGUCGGCUCUGACGAAGAUCCCUCUUCUGACGACCCGAGCAGGUCCUCGGGACGGCGCAGCAUGGACGCAGCGUCUCAAGGAGGAGUACCGAGCCCUGAUCGCCUACACCUCCAUGAACAAGUCUAACGACAACGACUGGUUCCGGAUCUCGGCCGCCAAUCCCGAGGGCACCCGCUGGGAGGGCACUUGCUGGUACGUUCACAACCUCCGCCGCUACGAAUUCCAACUCCAGUUCGAUAUUCCCGUCACCUACCCCGCCACCGCUCCCGAGAUCGAGCUCCCCCAACUCGACGGCAAGACCCACAAGAUGUACCGCGGAGGCAAGAUCUGCUUGACUGUUCAUUUCAAGCCGCUCUGGGCCAAGAACUGCCCUAGGUUUGGAAUCGCUCAUGCCCUUUGCCUCGGUCUGGCCCCAUGGCUGGCUGCAGAGGUGCCUAUUCUCGUCGACUCCGGCAUGGUCAAGCACAAAGAUGACGAGGCCACCUCUGCUGAAUCUUAAGGUUGUAUCAUUUCCAAAAACUGGCUUCUAUUAGUGCAACAUAAUCUCCUUUCUCAAAUUUGAAUUGGAGUUCAGCGCAUCGAUAUUUAUCUAUUACAUGAGGGUUUACCGAAAUUGUGCAUCAUAUCUUCCUGCUUGAGAUGCAUGCCUACUAAUUUUUGCUUUAUCCAUUUUAAUAAACCAAAUCAUAGUAUGUUGUCUAGUUGGAAGAAAUUAACUAGCUUGGGUUUUAUAA